AUGCCGCGGCGCUCCGGUGUCCCCGCUCAAAUGCUGCCUGAGGAAGCAGGCGUUUGGCUGACCUCACAGUUGCUGCCGGCUGAGAUAGCUCGCCUACGACUGCUCUUCAAUGAAUUUGACCGAGACAAAGACGGGCGACUUGAUGCCCGCGACAUAGCCAGAGAAAUGCGUCAAGAUGGCAUAGUGCUGCCCCUUGCGCAACUUCAGGAAUGUGUGUGGUGA